UGAUAUAAAUCGAUGUACGUUGUGGACUCAUGGUAUAAGCAUAUACGUACUCAGUAAACGUAAGUAAAGUGAUAAAGAAUUCAAUAUAAAUUAGUAUAAAAUAAGAAGAAAGGAAGAUGAUAGGUAUUUUAAAUGAAUCCGAUAGUGAAGAUGAAUUACCCCCUGGAUGGGAAGAAAUGACAACUCCUAAUGGAAAUGUCUACUAUGUAAAUCAUUGUACAAAGGGCACACAAUGGACACACCCUAGAACUGGUCGAACAAAGACUGUUGCGGGAGAACUGCCAUCUGGAUGGGAAAAACGUGUGUCAGAAGAUGGUCAAGUCUUAUUUGUUGAUCAUAUGAAUCAUACAACAACAUAUACUGACCCUCGGCUUGCAUUUGCUACAGAAUGUAGAGAAUCAUCACAGCCUAUAAGACAACGUUUUGAUAGUACUAGCACAGCAUUAUCUGUUUUACAUGGUCGAGACUUAAGGGGCAAAAUUGCCAUAGUUACAGGUGCCAAUACUGGAAUAGGAUUUGAAACAGCUAGAUCAUUAGCUCUACAUGGAUGUAAAGUUAUCCUAGCCUGUAGAGAUCUAGAAAAAGGUGCAGAAGCAGUACGAAGAAUACAAAGCGAAAAAGAAGGUGUUAUGUGUGAAACAUUACAUUUGGAUUUGUCAUCAUUAUGUAGUGUUAAUAAAGCAGCUGACGAAUUUCAGCAAAAAUAUAGGACUUUAAAUAUCCUUAUUUUAAAUGCUGGUGUCUUUGCAAUUCCGUAUGAACUUACACAAGAUGGUUUUGAAACAACAUUUCAAGUAAAUCAUCUUUCUCAAUUUUACUUUACUCUUUUAUUAAAAGGACCAUUACAAAAUUGUCAUAAUUCCAGAGUAGUGAUAGUUACAAGUGAAUCACACAGAUUUGCAAAUUUAAAAAAAGUAGAAGACUUUCAUCGAUUAACUUUGUCUCCUCCACCAUAUAAAUAUUGGUUUAUGGAAUCAUAUAAUAAUUCAAAGCUAUGUAAUAUUUUGUUUGCACAAGAAUUAGCAAAACGAUGGCCUUUUGUAAAUGUCUUUUGUUGUCAUCCUGGUAAUAUGGUUUCUUCUUCAUUAUGUCGUUAUUCAUGGAUAUUCCGAUUAACGUUUGCGCUAGCACGACCUUUUGCAAAAUCACUGCAACAAGCUGCUAGUACAUCAGUUUACUGCGCAAGUGCACCAGAAUUGGAAGGGAUAACUGGAUGUUAUUUCAGUAAUUGUUAUCGUUGUGAUCCAUCAAAAACUGCAUUAAACCCUCAACUAGCAGAAAGAUUAUGGUUUGUUAGUGAAAAAAUGUUUACUAGUUGUAUGAAAAACAAGAAACUUCGAGAAAAAUUUCAAUUAAAAUGAAAAAUAUUAUUAUAAAGUAUUGUUUUAAAUGAACAGAAAACAUGAAUUCAAAGAAUAUUUUAAUCGAUAAAAAAUUUUUAAUAGAUUUAAUAUACUAAUAAGAAAUUUAUAUCUAUUUUCAUCACAAAUCAUAUAUUCAAUAAAUUUGAUUUUAUAUCUUUUAUACUUUAAUACCUUUUUUCUAAAGUCUAUUUAUGGUCGUAUAUGAAGCUAUUUAUGUAUUGGGUUGCUUGGAAAGUUCCUUCUAAUUUAAAAAAAAAAUUCAAAUGUGGCACAUUUAAAUUUCGAUAUACAUUUAUUGAAUUAUAUAGCUGCCAUUUUGUUCCACAAUCAUCUUCCAUCUUUCAAUCAACUUGAAUAUUCCAUCCUUCCAGAACUUCUUAGGUUUUUCAACAAAAAACUUUGCAAUAUGAUUUUUCAGAUUGACCAAAGAGUUAAAGUUUUUGCCAUUAAGGGAAUUUUGUAAUGAUCUAAAUAGGUGAAAAUCUGAGGAUGCAGUGUCUGCUGAAUACGGUAAGUGAGAUAGCACAUCCCAACCAAGCUUCAAUAGCUUUUGUCAAAUAGUCAAAGACACAUAAGGCCGUGCAUUGUUUCGAUGAGACACCUUUCCGAUUCGCUAGUUCUGGGCAUUUUUGUUCAAUUGCUGUCUGUAAUUUGUUUACUUACAAUUAAUACUUUUCCAAAUUUAUCAUCUGGUUGUUUGGAAAAGCUCAUACAGAAUUUCUUUCCAGUCCCACCAAACACAGAGCAUAAGUUUAUUAGGUUGAGAACCAGCUUUUAGAGUGGUUAAAGGUGAUUCAUUCCGCUUUUUCCAGGAUCUUUUCCGCUCGACAUUAUUAUGAAUAGUGCAUUUUUCAUCUCCUGUCACUACUUGCUCUAAAAAUGGUGUUUCUCGUUGCGUUUAUAAAGCUAAUCGUAAAUGGAAAUACGAUAAAUCAAAUCUUUUUCUGUUAAAUUGUGGGGAACCUAUACGUCAAAAUGGUUUAUAUAACCAAGCUUCACAAAAUAUUCGUGAAUAGUAGAUUUUGGUAUAUUUAAUGUUUCUGCUAAUUCACAUGUAUAAUGUAGGUUAUUCUCGACUAGUGUUUUAAUCUGAUGUUCAUCAAUGGUGGAGACUCUACCCGGGCAUUCUUGACCUUCAAGAUUUAAAUCAGUUUUAAAUCUAGCAAAUCACUACCGCACAGUUCUUUCUGAUAUAACACCGUUACCAUAAACAGCGCAUAUCUUGUUUGCUACUUGUGUAACAUUUUUACCCUUCCAUAUUUAAGAGCAUAUAAAACUAACAAAAGUUAAUAUAUUCCAACCAAAGACUUUUCUAAAGAUGCCUGAAAUAUCAUCUUUUAGAAUAUGGACACAUGUCAUUUAUUUUAAAUUAUUCUGAUAUAUUCAAACCUGUUGUAAUGUCACCUACCGAAAGCAGCACAAACUUUCCAGACAACUCAAUACAUUACAAACAUAUAUCUAUGUAUAUUGAGAUUGUAUUCAACUAUUGUUUUUUGUUAAAUUAAAAAAAUGGACAUCUUUCUUGGAAUGUUUACAAAUUAAUUUUAAGGAAUUUAGUUGAUAUGUAAGAAAAAAGCUUUUUUCCUAAACUUUUAGAAGAUUUCAUAUAUGUAAAAAUAAAAAAUUAUACAAACUUUU